CAGCAUUAACAAGACGGCUCUCCGUUGUCAGUCAGAGUACGGCGCCCAAAUCAUACAGGCCUGACUAUCCCUCCUCGCCUCGAGGACCUUGUCAUGAAGGGACACCGUCUACGUCUCAAGAUAAUUUCUUUACCUUGAUGUCCCCAUCAUGAUGACAGACCGUGCUCCAGGGCUUGACGCCCCAAAGUACGAUGGGGGCUGCUUUAACUGCGGCAGCCAGCACCACUUUGCUUACGCGUGUCCUGAACCGGUACGAAAGGAACCAUACGGCGCUGGACUCUUCCGUCAACGACACGCAGAAAAAAAUAAACACGGUAGCGGAGGCCGUGGCUCCGAAAGUUCGAAGGCCAAGGGUGGUCUGGUCGUGACGAAAUACGGCCCUCCGCCCGCGUCGGUGCCGCCUCACCUUCCUCCAGUCCCGCCCCCGCCGAAUGCAUGGGGAACCAGUGGGCCCUAUCCCCCUCCGGCUACAAUUCCACCGCCUCCGAUCCCGUAUGGACAACAGCCUCCGCUACCUUAUCCACCACCAGGACAGACGCAGCCACCAUACCCUCCGCCCUAUCCACCAGCCAACACUGGCUAUGCACCACCACCUGUCCCUACGUCUCUACCUCCCCCUCCUCCUCCUCCCCCUGUAUCUGGUGCCGUCUAUGGCCAGUAUGCACAAGUCUCUUAUCUACCACCUCCACCUCCUCCAGCUCCUCCACUUCCCCCCUCUUCAUAUGUCUCUGAUGGGUCAUAUCCCCCUGGUCGGCCGUACCCAACAGAUUCCUAUUCUACAACCUAUCCGCCGCCUCAGCCAGUGUAUACAGGAGCCCCUGCACCUGCGUACUCAGGCCCACCACCUCCAAUACCACCGCCACCUAUUUACACCACUGGGUAUGGAGCCUCGCUGCCGCCUGUACCUCCUCUACCACCCAAUGCGUAUCCUCCACCUUCUCAUGCGCCCAACUAUCCCCAUCCCGCCCCGUACACCAACCCAUAUCCUCCACCACAGAGUUCUGGCUGGCCACAAGAUGCCAACAGCCGUGGCAAUCCUCGACAGAGGGACCGCCGGGAUCGACGCAAUGAUCGAGACAAGGGCUCCAAGAACAAAAAUCACCGACGCGAUAACGACACUCGCCAGCGUGGAAGAGGGCAGCGCCAGCCCUAAGCCUCGCGCUGUCGCUGAGGAUGACAAGAAGCAGGAGACCAAAGCAGAGGCAGACGCAGAAGCCCCCUCGGUGACAAAGGACGUAAUUGACGACGAGGAAGACCAAGCUGAACAAGACUUCCGCUGGGACCUUGAGAAGGCAUUCGUCGAGAUAGAAAGCAAGCCAGCCGAUCCGGUAGGGAAACCACUCGCUGCCGAGUGGAACGAUGACCCGACAAUUCCACCAGCUUACGACGCCAGAUGCAUCAGAACUGCAUUCUUCGACCCGGAUAAUCCUGACGCAUUUCUCGCCUCUGUACGAGAUACAAAGUACUGGACCGAACUCAAGCGCGACCCAGUGUUCAGAUAUCGGCGUGGUAUGGUAGUUGUCCAGUUCCCGGGCUCCCACCACGAGUACUUCACGUAUCAAUGCUCCCGAAGAAACAGAGCCGCAUGGAUCAAGGAUAGGGAGAUCAUCCCUGCACCUUCUGAUUCAACUCUGGAUGACACGAUCAAGCCCCGCAAUCACUAUCGUAGUCCCUUCCCGCACCGGGACACUGAUUCGAUGUCCAGGUCAAUGGAUAACAAACGGCCGUAUGAUGAGGCCAGCGACGACAGGCGGGACACAAAGCGAUCAAGGUUUUCAGAGGGCCAGGAUCGCAGUCCUUCGUCGAGGCUUCCUCCUCGACCAUCACUUUGGGGUAAAGACCUCGAUCGAGACUCCUGGGCAUCGCAGCCAGGGGAUUCCCGCAUCGACUCUCCUCAUCGGCCAUUUUCCAGAGAAGGGCGCUCUCGCUCACCUGGCGGAUACCGUUUGCAAGGCAGUGACCGCCUAGGUGCUUACAACUCGACACAGCGCCAUGACUCUUCCUACCGUAGGGGGCCCUCCGCUGAGAAGUUGAGACCCUACCGAGAGGAGCGUGGUGGUAGUCGUCCAUCACCACCGCCACCAGCACAGGCUCGUGACCGCGACACAAGCCGUGAACGGGAUUGGGACAGAGGUGACGAGGACUCGGUCAUGUCAGAUCUCGAGUAUGAACUCCUUGGGCUAGAGCGGCCGAAGAAGGCCGUCGUGCAGAAACCAGUGCUCAAGAAGAGGGUUAAGGUCAACGAAGCUUUCAGAUUUUAUCCAUCUGCCUACACUCUUAGCGAUGGCGUUGGUCUGGUCCUAGCCAUUCCCGGUUGCGUUGUUUAUGUCCCUGUAAAGGACAUCAGGCUUAUUCCAAUUCUGAAGGUGGACAAGAGAGUUUACUAUCGCGAGGCCAUGGCUAUAGCCUACCACCAAGCUAUGCUCGCUAUCGAUCUUGUGAGCCACGCGGGUAGUAGUGGCGGUAUGAUCGCCGUCAGGCUGGGGCGCGACAAGGCCAAUGGGUAUUUUAAGAGGCUCAAAUGCCAGGCGAAGGCUGUCGUGGGCUGUAUCAACAGCCCCGAAAGCGUCACUGUUGCAGGCGACGUGGCAGCGAUAGUAGAGGUUGAGCAGAUGGCCCAGGCAGAUUAUAUACUCACUAGGCGCCUGAAGGUGGAUACGGCAUACCACUCCCACCAGAUAGAUGCUGUGCGAGGGCCAGCCAACAGCCAGAUCUAUACUAUUGCCGAUGCCUACAGACAAGCAUUGGAUGAUAUACUGGGAGAUAAGAGACCUGAAGACUCUCUCGAUGCGGUCAUAUUAUCAUCUCCCGUUACCGGAGACCGUAUAGCAGACGCCGGAGAAUUAGCGGAUCCGAUGCACUGGGUUAGAAGCCUGGUACAGCCUGUCCAGUUCCUUGAUGCCUUGAUGGACAUGCUUUUUGGGAACGGAGACCCCUCUGGGACAAGCAUCGACAUUUUAGUCAAGAUAGGCCCCCAUACUGCUCUUGGAGUCCCCAUUCACCAGACCCUCGCACAGCCCGUCUUCAAAGACCUACGAAUUCUGUAUCUUGGCUGCCUCAUACAGAACGAAAAUGCACGCGAGAGCCUAUAG